CACCAUUUCUCGUCCUUCUGUCUUCCUCUCGUCGUCGCAGCAACCACCAUGAACAUAUCCUACUGUGGCUGGCUUGCUCGUUUACAUUCUUGUCGAGUCGUAAUCGCGUCCCCGUCGUUUACUGCCAAAUCUUGUCUGUUCUUAAGUCGUAAUGAUAGGUUCUACGCGACCCAUCGCGAUACUCCUGACCUAUCUCAGUCGCUCGACACGAAGAGGCAACGCGUACGGCCUGCAGAGUCUGCUGGUCCAUUCCAGCUUGGAGUCUCGCAGUCCGCAUUUGGACCCGAAGAGAAUGUCAAAAAAUGGUCAGAGUUGAGUGCCACAGGCAAAGUGAAAAGAACAACAGCCCGAACCACUAACUUGACCGUUAUUCUUUUUGGCGCUGGAUUGUCUGCUGUCCUUGGGUACUGUCUAACUUCUGAACUCUUCUCAAAAAAUUCACCCACGGUGCUCCACAAUGAUGCUUGUGAGCGUCUGAAGGCCUCUCCUCAGGUCGCAAAAUACCUCCAUGGGCCACUGACUUUCCAUAAUAACCCCCCCUCCUUAGGGAGGCCCCGCCAUAGGAAUCACCAUGUCACCUCUGAGAUCAUGCUUGAUGCCACCGGUCGGGAGCAUAUGUUUUUGAAUUUCUUCGUGCAGGGACGCCCCCCAGGAGAGGCCAAGUCAAAGUCAAAUUACGAGGCUAUGAUCAGCUGGAUACGCGAUACCUCAUCAAGUAUAUCAGAUUUGACAAUUGACGGUGCAACCGAGUGGAUGAAGGAUCGAAAGAAAUAUCUUUUUGAGCAAUUUAAGCGGGUGUUCAGGUACCUGACUGGGGCACCAGCACCCUCCUCUUCACAGCCAGCCUUUGUAUCUGCCGACACCAGAUCCAAGGGGAAGGAGGAGAGCACUAUGUGGCAGUUAGCGGGCAUGUUUUCCUCCUUGCGGCGGUCGCGAGGGAAUACAGAGCCGCCAGCUGAUGGUAGGGUAUUCACUGAUGGAGAGGUUCAUGCCGAACUUGUCAUGAAUAACGACGGUUAUUUCGUGUUCCGAUAUCUUCUGGUUGAUAUACCAAACUCUCGAGAACCUCAAUCAAUACGAGUGUUUGUUGAGAGAACUGGCGGAGUGAGAGAGAGCGAACCUGUCAGACGGUGGUAUGCGUAAUGCUUCUCGAUUUUGGUCCGGAAAUUGGGCAAGCGGUUGGGGUUGUUGAAGAAUUGUAUCAUUAUAAUACAACUGGGAGCAUCCAAGUCCAUGUAUACGGAUAUCACGACUAUCACUCUCCAAAGAGUUUCUGAACA